AUGUCAAAGUUAAAGAGCGCCGAGUCAGUCCGAGUUGUGGUACGUUGUCGGCCCAUGAACAGCAAGGAGAUAGCUGCCGGGUUCGAUAAAGUAGUAGAUGUGGAUGUAAAGCUUGGUCAAGUGUCAGUAAGGAUUCAGAAAGGAGCAUCUAAUGAGCUUCCGAAAACCUUCACCUUUGAUGCCGUUUAUGACUGUAACUCCAAGCAGGUGGAGCUUUACGAUGAAACAUUCAGGCACCUGGUGGAUUCUGUCUUGCUCGGAUUCAACGGAACAAUUUUUGCAUACGGCCAAACAGGCACUGGGAAGACGUACACGAUGGAAGGGUUGAGGAGCGAUACUGAGAAGAGGGGAGUCAUACCAAACUCAUUUGAUCACAUCUUCACACAUAUAUCAAGGUCCCAGAACCAACAGUACCUGGUGAGAGCUUCUUAUCUUGAGAUCUAUCAGGAGGAGAUCAGAGACCUUCUCUCCAAAGACCAAUCUAAGCGCCUGGAGCUGAAAGAAAGACCUGACACCGGCAUCUACGUGAAAGACCUGUCGUCUUUUGUCACCAAGAGCGUGAAAGAGAUUGAACAUGUCAUGAAUGUAGGGAACCAGAAUCGCUCUGUUGGUGCAACCAACAUGAAUGAGCACAGCUCCCGUUCACAUGCCAUCUUCAUGAUUACAAUCGAGUGCAGCGAACUUGGGUUGGAUGGUGAAAACCAUAUACGUGUGGGAAAGCUGAAUCUGGUAGACUUGGCUGGAAGUGAGCGGCAAACAAAGACUGGAGCCCAAGGUGAAAGGCUGAAAGAGGCUACCAAGAUUAACCUGUCUCUUUCCGCUCUAGGAAAUGUAAUAUCAGCCCUUGUAGAUGGCAAGAGUACCCACAUACCAUACAGGGAUUCCAAACUUACAAGGUUGUUGCAAGACUCUUUGGGUGGCAAUGCCAAAACGGUCAUGGUAGCAAAUAUUGGUCCUGCCUCAUAUAAUGUCGAGGAGACCCUGACCACUCUACGUUACUCCAACCGUGCCAAAAACAUAAAGAACAAGCCCAGAGUGAAUGAGGACCCAAAGGAUGCUUUACUAAGGGAAUUCCAAGAAGAGAUUGCCAGGCUUAAGGCACAGCUGGAGAAGAGGGUUGUGGGCAAGAGACACAAAAGGGGAAAAAGGAGAAUGGGUGUGGAUGGAGCAGGAGAGGACGAUGAGGAAGAAGACUCUUUUGAGGGAGAAGAUGAGGUGGAAGAUAAAGAAGACUAUUGGCGGGAGCAGCAGGAGAAACUUGAGAUUGAGAAGAAAGCAAUUAUUGAAGACCACAGUUUGGUGGAAGAGGAAAAACGGAAACUCUUACAGGAGAAGGAAAAGAAGAUGGAUGACCUAAAAAGAGAGAAAGAAGCUAUGGAAAUGCUGUCGGCCAAAGUUAAGGCCAUGGAGAGUAAACUCCUCGUUGGUGGAAAGAACAUUGUUGACCUCACCAAUGAACAGCAGAAGAUCCUGGAGCAGAAGAGGCACGAGAUUGCUGAGCAGAAACGUCGAGAGAGAGAGAUGCAGCAAGAGAUGGAGAGUCGAGAUGAGGAGACUUUAGAACUCAAGGAGACAUAUAGCUCCUUACAACAAGAGGUUGACAUCAAAACUAAGAAGCUCAAGAAGCUCUUCUCUAAGCUGCAGGCGGUGAAAGCCGAGAUCCAUGAUUUACAGGAGGAACACAUUAAGGAGCGUCAGGAACUGGAGCAGACGCAGAAUGAACUCACCAGAGAGCUGAAAUUAAAGCAUCUGAUCAUUGAGAAUUUCAUUCCAAUGGAAGAGAAAAAUAAGAUGAUGAACCGCAGUUAUUUUGAGGAGGAGGAGGAUCAGUGGAAGCUUCACCCGAUCAGCAGGCUGGACAAUCAGCAGAUGAUGAAACGACCAACGUCUGCCAUAGGCUACAAAAGGCCAUUGUGUCACCAUGCCAAGAUGGCCAUGAUGGUCAGACCAGACCCCAGAUACCGGGCUGAGAACAUUGUUCUGCUGGAGCUUGAUAUGCCAAGUCGUACCACCCGUGACUAUGAGGGGCCGGCUGUGGCCCCCAAGGUUCAGGCUGCUUUGGAAGCCGCUCUGCAGGAUGAAGACGACAUCCAAGUAGACGCAUCAACGUUUGAGAGCUCAGCCAGCAAAAAAACAAAAGCCAGACCCAAGACUGGCCGAAGGACAGCUCCACCUCCAGGCCCUUCUGGAUCUUCACAUUUCCCACAGACAAGGGGUUUGGUUCCAAAGUAAACCAAGAAUAUGACCCCCUAACCAAGACUCUUGAAUAGGUAGAUGAAGUAUUAGGAUGACUGAUCACAAGAGAAACUUCACGUGCCACAAGGCAAAUCCCACCACCUCCUAUGGUCAAGCUUCCUGGGAGGUGGACAGGGGGGGUCACCUGUAAGUAAGCCAAUGGCGCUGGACUUGUAAUACGGCAACACACCCGUGCUCGGCAUGACUUCAAUUGUGUGGAAAGUGUGUCUAUGUAGGAGUUAAUUUUGAAUGGAUCUGAGGACAUGGAGAACACAAGUGUAUACAGCCCCACCUGACAUGGAGUGUCACCUGUGCAUAUAUGAUGUACCGGACACUCGCCCUCUGCACUGAUCUCUCAACACCCUGACCUUUCUUCUUUGGUAUUAUUUAUAUUAAUUUUUUUUUAACGUAGAUGUAUAUUUAGGCGUCAUCUUUUAUACUGUAAAUUAGGGACUUUGUUCCAUCACAUCAGAUGGCGACCUGUGUGUCAUCCUGAGCGACUGUCCCACGUAUGACAAUAUCAGGCACUAAGCUUGCUUGGUUUCCUCCAUGCUCAAUGGACGGAACUAAGCAGCAGACCUCAGAGUCCCUCUAUUAGUCGGAUGACCGAAGCGCUCCGGCCCGCUACAUGCAGGCCGCCAUUUUGCUGCUUUGUAACGUGACUGCACUUGGUUUCAUGUAUGACGUUUAAUGUUCAUGGCUUCCCACGGCAUCUGCUUGCUCGUUUAUGCCCAUUCAUGCUUCCCUCAGUGACAUCCAGCCCUGGAGGUGCGAUGUGAUCUGGAGACACUGCAGCCCCUCGGCCUUAUCUGAAGAAGCCAUAGAUACUGUGAAUUUUAUACGGCGACACGAUGCAGUGUGAUGGCUCCUUCUCCGUCCAGGAAGAAGCAGGAGGGAGAUCUAUUUAUUUGUACGUUUAUCUGUGAAUGUAUACUUAAAUAAAAUCUCUUUACUGCACCUGU